CCAAGGUUGUUCCCUAUGGCUCUUUGGGAUAUCAUGUCCCCCUCCAUCGGCGAUAAGCCAAGUAUUGCGCAUGACCAAAAUGAUUUGGCGUACAAAUUGUUCAUCGAGUUGCUUUCGUAUCAACUCGCAUCUCCAGUGAGAUGGAUCGAAACACAACAAUCGCUGCUUCGAAAACAAUCUCCAGUCCAGCGAUUUAUUGAGAUUGGACCCCGCAGUACACUCGCAAGGAUGGCUAAAAAGUCCGCCGCCAUCUAUCAUGAUCAGCAUGCUCCAUCACAGUGGUCCCAUUUACAGUUUCUUUCGUAUCAGGAUGACCAGGACAAGAUCCUAUACGAGUAUCCGGACCCCACGUUAUCGGCAUCAAAAUCAAAAGAAACGAAAUUACCGUGCAAUCCCGCUCAACCGACCGGUACAAUCCCUCGAUCAAAGACCGAACAUGAAGCAGCACCGACACCAGCACCAAGUACUCUGGGGGCUUUCGCACAUGCACCGAGCGCUAGAGUUUCACUUUCUGCCCGCCAUGUCCUGCUGGCCAUGACGGCCCAGAAGCUCCGACGCCCCUUUGACCAAGUAUCAAUGGAAAAGACAAUACGCGAUCUAUCAGGAGGCAAGUCAACUCUUCAGAAUGAGUUGACAGGCGACUUGGUCGCAGAGUUUGGUCGGGUUCCAGAAGGAGUAGAGGAUAUACCCUUGGCGGUCCUAGCAGAGGCACUCCAGGGAGGGUUUCCAGGAAAGCCGGGCAAGCAGAUGUCGGGAUUGAUCUCCAAGUUUAUAUCCAGCAAGAUGCCUGCGGGCUUCAAUCAAGUGUCCGCACAGGACUACCUAGAGUCAAGAUGGGGCCUGUCGAAGCCUGAAACCAACGUUCCGAUAUGCCUCGCCAUCACGACCCAGCCGCUAACCCGCCUACCGAAUGCAGAUGCCGCGCAGGUAUAUCUCGACGACAUCGUUGGCCAGUAUGCAACAUUUGAAGGAAUCUCUAUGGUACCAACGGCAACAGAAUCUGUGACAAAAGAUCCACUGGGCCGGUCUAUAAUGGUAGAUUCGGCGGCGCUCGAUACUCUUCGAAAGGAACAGCGAGGUCUCCAUCACAAGCAGCUCGAGUUGCUUGCAAAACAUUUGCGCAUCAAUCCCGAUACCUUUACAGAUAAUUUUGCCCGUUCGCGCGACGGGCAUACAGCGUUGCAAGAGAGAAUAGAGCAAUGGAAUGCGGAAUUCGAUGAUGAGUUUUUCCAAGGUAUCCGCUCUAUUUUCAAUUCCAAACAGAUCCGGCAGUAUGACUCUUGGUGGAACUGGGUGCGAGAAGACCUUCUUCAAUGGCUGGACGCUAUUUUACAGAGUCCAGCGGGUGUUGCUGUCUCCGGAAAAGAUAAUCGCGUACAUCGGAUCUUGAAUCGGUGGGAGUCCAGCUGCACAGAGAUUGUUGUCGAUCGACUAAAUACGAUGUCCCCUGAACCCCCACUCUGCGAUAAAUUAUCUCAGACGUGUGGCAUGAGUGCGUCGCUCAACGAGAUCUUGAAGUUGGGCAUUAAGGCUCAAUCUACCGACCCGGUAUACAUCCACACAGAACCCCCUCUAGCACCAAGAACCACCAUUUCAGCCUCGGGCCGCCUCAAAUACGAAGAGACAGUUCGCUCAGUUAGCAACUAUCCAGAUGUUGUGCGUCGAGGACGUACAUCCCGAGCCAGCUCAGCAUCUUUCGCUCCUUUCGUUCAUCUCAAAAUGCGCCAUGGCGAAGAGUGGAAAUACGACCCGGAAGCAACUGAGAUGCUCCACAGAACAUUGGAUGUGGGCGUUACCACGGGUUUCAGCCACUCCGGCAAAACUGUACUCGUCACAGGUGCCGGUCCCGACUCAAUAGGCGCCAGGAUAAUCCAGGGCCUCUUGGCCGGUGGCGCAAAAGUUGUGGUUACCACUAGCCGUGCGAUCUCUGAAAGCGCCGGGUUUUACCAACAGUUGUUUAGGAAAUACGGGGCUCGAGGGGCGACAUUGACGCUACUUCCAAUGAAUCAAGCCAGCAGGCAAGACUGCGAGGCCUUGGUCGAAUAUAUAUACGGUGCAGAUUCCCCGACGGGCAACGACUUGGAUUACCUCAUUCCAUUUGCCGCCAUCGCACAGACAGGUGAACCAGACACCUUAGGCAGCUGGCAGGAGCUUGCACUCCGAGCGAUGCUUGUGAAUAUUCUGCGACUGAUAGGCCUUAUCCGCCGGGAGAAGGAAAAGCGACGCAUAGACACUAGGCCAACAAUGGUCAUUUUACCGCUGUCCUGUAAUGAAGGUACAUUUGGUGGAGAUGGUCUCUAUCCAGAAUCCAAGAUCGGACUCAAGACUUUGCUCAACCGUUUCUACUCCGAAAGCUGGUCAACAUAUGUAACCAUUUGUGGAGCAGUCAUCGGAUGGACCAGAGGAACCGGUCUAAUGCGCUCAUCUAACGUGAUAGCAGCUGAGGUUGAGAAGCUUGAUGUUAUAACUUUCACACAGGCCGAGAUGGCUUUUAACAUCCUAGGCUUGAUGACGCCAACCAUGGUCUCACUUGCUGAAGAGGCGCCCGUGUAUGCAGAUCUAACGGGCGGGUUUGGCGCCAUGUUGAAUGUCAAGGAACACAUAGCAGCGAGCCGCAAAACAGUAGCUGAAGAGCUCCGCUUGCGGGUUGCCCUAGCGGAAGAAGAAGUCCACCAUCAAAACACGGUCCAGGGAUCGCAAAUACGCUCUGAAAUUGAGGAGACAAACAGUCAUAUCAAGCGCGUCAACUUGAAAAUUGGAUUCCCACCAUUAGUGCGCCACGAAGAAAUGACCGCGAGUCUCCCUGAUCUUCAAGGGAUGAUCGAUCUCUCGCGCACCGUUGUUGUUGUGGGCUUCUCCGAGCUUGGACCGUGGGGCAGCUCUCGCACACGAUGGGAGAUGGAACACCAGGGUCGAUUCUCACUAGAAGGAUAUGUGGAAAUGGCGUGGAUAAUGGGAUUGAUCAAGCAUAUCAAUGGUGACCUCAAGGGGCAACCGUACGUGGGGUGGAUUGAUGCACAAACGGGUGAUCCGAUCCGUGACGAUGAGAUCCCUCCGAAGUAUGGCGGGCAGAUCAUGAAUAACUCUGGUGUGCGCUUGAUUGAUCCCGACGCGCUAAAUCCCUAUGACCCGUCGCGCAAGGAGUCCAUGCACGAAGUGGCUAUUGAGGACGACCUACCCCCGUUUGAAAGCUCCAAAUCAGCGGCAGAGGCAUUUAAGCUGCGUCAUGGAGAUCUGGUUACUAUCCAGCCGAUCAUGGGUUCUGAAAAUUAUCGUGUGUCUAUGAAGAAAGGAGCGGUGGUCAUGAUACCGAAAUCAGUUCCUUUUCAUCAAGUUGCCGGGGGGAAGGUCCCCAGGGGCUGGAACCCGUUGCAUUAUGGUAUUCCAGAGGAUAUAGUACAGCACAGUGACCCGACCACAUUGUAUGCGCUUUGCUGUGUCUCCGAAGCGCUCUUAUCUGCCGGGAUCAAGGACCCUUACGAGAUGUAUCAGCACAUUCACGUAUCUGAGGUGGCCAACUGCUUAGGGACAGGAGGUGGCACCAUGAAAACUAUCCAAAGCAUGUAUCGCGACCGUUUCCUUGAUCGGCCGGUCCGAGGCGACAUUAUUCUGGACCACUUUUCCAACACCAUGGGCGCAUGGGUUAAUAUGUUGCUCUUAUCUUGCACGGGACCAUUAAAGACCCCGGUCGGUGCAUGCGCAACGGCCAUUGAAUCCCUGGAUAGCGGUUGCGAAGCCAUUCAGACAGGAAAAUGCAGAGUUGCUGUUGUUGGUGGUUGUGAUGAUUAUGGAGAAGAGGUCGCUUAUGAGUUCGCCAGCAUCAAGGCCACAGCAAACAGCACAGAAGAGUUGGCCAAAGGCCGUUUGCCGGGUGAGAUUUCCCGCCCUACCACAAGCUCGCGGGGUGGGUUUGCGGAAUCCGCGGGUUGUGGUGUACAAAUAGUAAUGGCUGCCGAUCUUGCCCUGGAAAUGGGACUACCCAUAUAUGGAAUUGUUGCGUACAAUCAAAUGGCCAGUGACCAAAUCGUGGCCGAAGCUCGCCAUUCACCGUUGCUUAAUCUGUCUUUCCGACGCACAGGAUUCGAAAAUGAGAUAGCCGACAUUAAGCAACGAAUGAUGGAUGGACGACUUCACACGUUGUGUCGUUCUGCCACCGCCACACAACAAGUGAUCGAUCAAGGAACAAAGUCAAGAGUACGCGAAGCCCAGCACCGAUGGGCUAGCGACAUCCGCCUGCAAGACUCUGGAAUUUCCCCCAUCAAGGCAGCUCUUGCCACAUGGGGUCUCACAAUUGACGAUAUAAGUGUUGCGUCGACCCAUGGGACUUCAACCCGCGCCAAUGAGAUCAACGAAGGUGAGGUGAUCAAUACUCAGAUGACGCACUUGGGAAGGCGCAAAGGAAAUCCAUUAUUGUGCGUGUGUCAGAAGUCCUUAACUGGGCAUCCGAAAGCAGCUGCGGGUGCCUGGCAGUUGAAUGGUUGUCUACAGAUGUUCCGCGAGAACGUCGUCCCCGGAAACCGCAACGCGGACAAUAUUGACGGGGAACUCCGGAAGUUUGAGCACCUCGUUUACCCAAUGGACUCCAUAAGGAUAUCAGGGAUGAAAGCAACGAUGUUAACCUCCUUUGGAUUUGGACAGAAAGGUGCUCUGAGCAUUACAGUGGCACCCAAGUAUCUCUUCGCAGCUGUUCCAGUUGCGGCUUUUGAAGAAUACCGGGCUCGGGUGACAAAGAGGCAGCGGGCUGCAAACCCAGAGUUUGUAUCUCGGUUGCUGAAAAAUUCCCUGGUCCAAGUAAAGUCCGAUGCACCGUGGAGGAGCCCUGAGGAGAUGCGGAGUGUCCUUUUGAACCAAAACAGUCGAUUGACUACAGACCGAUCUUCCUUUAUGAACAAACCGCCCCCAGAGUUUUAUAGCCCACACAUUAUGGGCGAGCAAAUACUCAAAGACUUUGGGGAAGGGUCAAAGGUGACGUCUGAAGUUGUUCAAUCUCUGCUAGAAAGUGUAACGCAGCGAUCCACCGCAUCUUUAUCCACUAGUGUGGGGGUCGACGUACAGGAUGUCAUCGGCAUCAACAUUGACAACCAAAAUUUUAUUCUCCGCAAUUUCACACUGGCUGAGCGUGAGUACUGUUCCAAAGCCCCGAACCCGCGUGCCUCGUUUGCGGGUCGUUGGAGUGCCAAGGAAGCCGUCUUCAAAAGCCUCCAAGCACCUUCCAUGGGUGCAGGGGCUGCGAUGAACGAGAUUGAGAUUCUGGGGACAAAUGCAAUUCCCUGCGUCGUGCUCCAUGGAAAUGCCCACGCAGUGGCUGCGUCCAAGAGAAUUCGCAGCAUUGACGUGGCUAUCAGUCAUUCUGCAGAAACAGCGAUUGCCGUCGCACUGGCCACCAGGCCGUAAGCGAGGUGCCGAGGUUCAGGUAUGAUUUGGUUAGUGGUAAUGGAGAGGGAGAGGCUUUCUAUAGUGCUGGUUCGAGUUAGACCACGAGGGUAUACACAGAGGAAUGAUCUAGAUGACUAUGUGCAAGAUCUGUACAUAACAGAAGUAAUGCAGCUGUCGUCUUGUCCCUGUAGUUUGGUGGAUGUCCU